AUGGAGGAGACCCCUGCAAAGCAGAGGUCUGCCAAAGCUGCAGCACCGCGAAGAGGGCAAAGCAAGACGCAACUGACUGACUACAUCCUCAAGGAACUGGAAAAGCUUACGGAGGGCAUCGACUUCCUCAUCUUCCCGGCCGAGCUCAAUGCAGCCGAGCGGAAGCAUGCACAUGAGGUGGUGAAGUCCCAGAAGCUCAUGUCCGUCUCGACUGGAUCAGGAGAGGUGCGGCAGUUGCAAGUCUUCCGUCCUGGGACCAAGAAGGUCCGGGCAGAUGCGCACCUGCUCAUCCAGCGUGAGGAGCAGCUGAGCCGCAAACUGUCAUCUCUGCUGCGCCACAGUGCCGAGCAGCGCGGGAUAGGCAUGCUGCAGGACGGGUAUGCGCCCCUCUCCACGGUGCUCGGGCUUCGGGAGUUCUCCCGCUUCAAACACACCGCCGAGGAGGUGGAAGAGCUGGUGGAAAAGGAUGCCAAGAAGCGCUUCGAACUCACCAGAAAGGCUGGAGAGAUGUGGAUUCGAGCAACCCAGGGGCACACGAUGCGCUCUGUUAAAGACGACGCUCUUCUAAGGCCUUUGGGCAUCCAGGAGGCUGCUGAAGUGGAGAGCUGCGUCCAUGGCACUUACUUGCUGGUUUGGGAGGAGAUCCUUCGCAGCGGCGGCUUGUGCAGAAUGGCCCGGAACCACAUCCACUUUACCACCUGCACAACAAGGAAUGCGGAGGUCAGUGGCAUGCGCAGUGAUUGUGAGGUUGUGAUCUACAUCUCCCUCACUCGGGCCAUUGCUGCAGGCCUUCACUUCUUUCGGAGCACCAACGGUGUCGUGCUGACACCGGGCGACGAACGGGGCAUGGUCUCAAUCAAACACUUCGAAAAGGUCAUCGCCCUUCGGGAUGGAUCCAUUCUUUGGCCAGAUGUACAGGGAGCAAGCACAACUGCAACUUCUUCUUUGGCCCAUGAUGGUGCAACAGCCACUCCUCCCAUCAAAGUAAACCUUUCCUGUCAGAACACGGACGCUGAGGAGGAGGAUGAGGAGGUCGUUUGUUUCAGCAAGCCUUUGCUGCAUAUGUACAUAUAA